GACACCUGGGCUGGGACACAGGACAGAAACAUGGCCAGCCUGAAGAUGCCGCUCCUGGCUGCCCUUGUCCUCCUUGCUGUGGCUCUUCAAGCAAUCGAGGCAGGCCCCUAUGGCACCAACGUGGAGGACAGCGUCUGCUGCCGAGACUACAUCCGGCACCCCCUGCCCCUGAGAGUGGUGAAAUAUUUCUACUGGACUUCAGACUCCUGCCGGAGGCCUGGCGUGGUCUUGCUAACCGUCAGGGACCGGGAGAUCUGUGCUGACCCCAGACUGCCCUGGGUGAAGAAGAUUCUCCAGAAGCUGGACCAAUGAGGAAGGGUCCUGCCCUAAGGAGCGUGGCCUCGGCUCCUCUAGGAAGGCUCAUGGGGCCCGACCUUCCUGCCAUUACAGCUGCUCCCCAGCACAAGCCUGUGCCAAUGACUCACUCUGCCAUCCCUGACCUCCGACCCUGUAGCUAUCACCCUCGGUCAAGCCCCAGACUGUCAUUCUCAUCUUCCCUUUUGCCCCUCCAACCAAUCUUCUUCCCCACCAUAGCCAGAGGGUCCACAAUCCUGGACAGUCACUCCUCUGCUCAAAACCCUUCCAUGGCUCCCCACUGUCCCAAGUUCAGCUCCUAAGCCUGGCACCCUGCCCUCCGCACCUGGGUCCCAUUCCCGUCUCCUGCCCCACCUCAUUUCCCUUUAUGCCCAUUGAACUCCAGCUCCCUGUUCUCCAAACCCAUGCCAUCUAUUUCCAUUUCUGGAUCUUUUCCCAGGCUGCUCCUGACACCCACCACCUGCGCCUGUCCAGUCCCACCAGCCCUCCAAGGCAGGGCUCAGCCUGAGCAGCAAGUAACUGAAUUUCAGUUUGUUGACAUUCCUGGCCCUCUGCCCAUCUUAACAGCCUUGAUCACAGUCUGCCCAGAAUUCUUAGGACUUGAGGACUUGUCCUCCAGCUCAACUGACUGGACCAGGGUCCACACCUGAGUUACCUGAGUCAACUAACCUCUAGCUCAGAGCACAGAGCACAGGGCCUGGCUCAGAAGCAGGGCUCAACAAGUGGCUGCAGACUGAAUCAAUAAAAGUAGCAUACCUCCCCCACUCCUAAAAGGCCCUCACACGUCAAAAUAGAGACUCAAGGUCAUCUAGAGAAGAGCCAGCUGGGUCAGUUGUGAAAUCUCAGAUUUUCCCAGACUCACGUUGCAUCCCCAUUUUACGUACAUUCUGGGUCUCUUUAUCCUUCUUGCUUCCCUUGGGUUUUUACUGCUCUUCCAACUUCCACACCAGUCUGAUCUCUUUAGAGUUCCCUACUUUUCCUUCCUCCUUCCCCAAAUAGUUUAUAACUAAAUUCAUACUAUGGUGUGAGUGACUACCCUUGGCUUGGUAUUACAAGCUCAAGUUAUAUUUGUAUAUGAAAAGAGGGUAAAUGCUUAAGAGGCCAAAUGGAUGAAUGGAAGAAUUUUAGGAACUGUGUGGGAGGGGAUAAGGCAGAAAGUAGAGCUUUCCUGGCCCUGGGAGUGAGUGUGUGGGGUAUAGUUAAAUGAAAGUUUUGGGUAGAGCCUUGGGUAGAGAUUAAGGACUGGGAUUUGGGACUUAUCUGUGCCUCCUUGGGGACAACAGAUUUCCCAGGUAAAGGAAAUAAGCUUUUUGGGUACGUGUUUCUUUCUGAGGGGGCACAGCACCACAGCACCACUCAUGGGAAUGGUUGCUGCUGUGUGACCAAGAGGAGACCAUCUAACCUCUCUGAGCCUCACCUGCGAAUGAGAACACCCACCUGAUGGGGCUUGGACCCAAGGCACAGGGAAUGGCUUUGCCAGUCAUAAACUUCAGUGUCUUCCAGGGCCUGUGUGCCCCCUGGAGCCCAGGGAUCUGCCCACCAUGGACACUGGAAGUGUUAACCUGCCUGCUGCCCAUGCACAGGGCUGCAGGUGUCCUGGGAUGCCUCUCUCCUCUUGUAUGCCCUUGCCCCUCAGGCCUUCUGGAAAAUAAAUCCAUCUACAGCAGUG